AUGUCGUUCUCUCGAUUUUCAGCUCUUGCUUUGUCAGUGAUGGCAGGUGGCGCAUAUUAUUCAUGGUGGGAUAAAUUUUCCCUAAAAUCAGUGAACAAUGUAGAGAGAUGUCAACGUUUCCUGGAAAAAGGUCGAUGUAGCGAUGUCAGCUCGCCUUCAUCCUUUUUUUCAAUUCAUCCAUCUCCACUAACUGAAUGGGAUUACAACUGGGAUAAUCGAGAACCGAUACAUGUAGUAGAUCCAGUAGCAUAUGAAGAAGCUGAUUCUGUUGGUCGUGUGAAUAUGUUAAAAGAAGCUACACCGAUUGCAAAACGAAAUAUCAUCCUUAUUCGUCAUGGACAGUAUGUUACGGAUAAAGGAAGUCCGAAUUUUCUUAGUUUAACACCAUUAGGAAAAGAGCAAGCAAAACGAGUGGGUGAGCGUUUAGCUUCAAGUGGUUUGAAGUUUGAUAGCAUGGUGAUGUCAACUAUGAAAAGAGCAGAGGAAACAGCUAAUCUCAUUCUAAAUAAGUUACCUCCGAUUUCGACUAAAAGUGAUCCUUUAUUAGAGGAAGGCGCACCUUUUCCUCCUGAACCCCCUUGUAAACACUGGCGGUCGCGCAUUGAAGCAGCUUUUCGGAAAUACAUACAUCGUGCCAGUGAACAACAAACAAAGGACAGCUGGGAGUUAAUUGUAUGUCACGCGAACGUAAUACGGUAUUUUGUGUGCAGAGCUCUGCAGUUUCCUCCUGAAGGUUGGUUAAGAAUAGCACUUGGACACUGUUCUUUAACGUGGCUAGUUGUGUAUCCUGAUGGUAUUGUUUCUGUGAAGUCUCUUGGUGAUAUUGGCCAUUUACCUAAAGAUCAGGUUUCUUUCUAG